CCGUGUUCGGCAUUAUUCCUCUCUCUUGUGAGUAGGGAAAGCGAAGUUUUCGCAAAACAGAAACAUUAUAUUUGUAUUUGUAUAUACGGUGUCGCGAUAUCGCUAUCGUUCGCCGUCGGCGCUUUUAGGUGAAGCCGCUCGCUGCAGAUAGAUUUUAGUUUUGUUUUGGGGUUAAAAGUGCCCUCCGAAUGAAGCUGAUUAAGGCUUGAACUUGCGAGUAUUUUCUGGACAGCAGUCUAGCUCUGAUCUCAAGAAAUGAAUUUCUUUAGCUUUUUGUACCAAAUUCAUUAGCCUCAUAAUUAUCAUCUGGGAAUAUCUUUAUCCUGACUUUUCUGGUACAACUACUAAUUUUAUCAUUUUUCCUUUAAUAAAAGUCUUUCGUGCUGCAAACUCCUUUACUCUUAUCACAUUACACAAAUCCAAUUCAUACUUUUCGGCUCUUAUUUUAUUUCCUCCUCUCAAUAUGCAUAUACUUCUUCCCAUGAAUGCUUCUGGCCUCUGUACCUUCUUCACAGUUACUUUGCAAGCCUAUUUAAUUAGAUACAUAAGAUGCCAAGGCCAAAGGAAAGUGCAUCAAAGACUGCUGAGCCAGUGGAUCUCGAAAAGCCAAUUGAGUCGGAUGAGAAGGUUGAUUAUGAUGAAGAAAAUGAUUCAAUGGAUGAAGAGGUUGAGUAUGAAGAAAUAGAGGAAGAAGUGGAAGUUGAAGUGGAAGAAGUAGAAGAAGAGGAAGAAAUAGAGGAGGUGGAGGAAGAAGUUGAAGAGGAAGAUGGCCAAUAUGAUGAUGGAGCUUCUGGUGAUAAGCCAAAUGUUGACAAUGUGAGCCAAAAACAUGUUGAGCUUCUUGCUCUUCCUCCUCAUGGGUCUGAAGUAUAUAUUGGUGGUAUUCCUCCUGACUGUUCUGAGGAGGAAUUGAAAGUUUUCUGUGAAUCUAUUGGUGAAGUUACAGAGGUCCGAAUUAUGAAAGACAAAAAUUCGAGUGGGAACAAAGGCUUUGCAUUUGUGACUUUUAGAAAUUUAGAACUUGCCUCUAGAGCAAUUGACGAGCUGAAAAAUACUGAAUUUAAGGGCAUUAAAAUAAGAUGUUCUACUGCUCAAGCAAAGAACCGCUUGUUCAUUGGUAAUAUUCCUAGAAGCUGGGGAGAGGAAGAUUUGAGAAAGGCUGUGACUGAUGUUGGGCCUGGAGUUACUGCUGUGCAACUGGUGAAGGAUAUGAAGAACUCGAGCAAUAACCGGGGCUUCGCGUUCAUUGACUACUAUAAUCAUGCAUGUGCUGAAUAUUCAAGGCAGACGAUGAUUAACCCAAAAUUUAUGUUGGGCGAUAAUGUCCCAACUAUAAGCUGGGCUGACCCUAAAAAUGCUGAUUCUUCUGCUUCUUCUCAGGUUAAGGCAGUAUAUGUGAAGAAUUUGCCAAAGAAUGUGACCCAAGAUCAGUUGAAGGACCUGUUUGAACACCAUGGGAAAAUCACAAAAGUGGUUCUUCCUACGGCGAAGUCUGGGCACGAGAACAAUAGAAUUGGUUUUGUUCAUUUUGCAGAGAGGUCUAGUACAAUGAAAGCACUGAAGAACACUGAAAAAUAUGAGCUGGAUGGCCGAGUUUUGGAGUGUUCUCUUGCUAAGCAACAGUUGGACCAUAAAUCUGUUGGAGGGUCAAAUUUACAGAAGGCAGGUCUGCUUCCAACUUAUCCACCUCGUGGUGGUUACGGUAUGGUUGGGGGUGCCUUUGGUGCUUUGGGAGUUGGUUAUGGUGCUGCAGGCUUCUCACAGCCCUUGAUGUAUGGAAUUGGAUCAACACCUGCCAGCAUGCCAAUGAUGCCGAUGCUUCUUCCUGAUGGCCGGAUUGGAUAUGUUUUGCAACAGCCUGGAGCACAGCUACUUUCUCCGCCUUUGCAUCAGAGAAAUAAUAGCAGAAGUGGCAAUGUGGGUGCAAGUAAUUUUGGGAGUUCAAGCAAGGGGAAGAAAGGCGAGGACAGGAGGUAUCGGCCUUACUAAUUUGUUGAAUAUUUAUAAUGGGGAGAAUGUAUACUUUCCUCUUGAAUGUUGUAUGUGACUGAAGCUUCUGACAGUAUCCGAGAUUUUUAGAUUCAUAAUAAGUAUACAAUCACUUUCUCCGUUU